UGAACAUUGUGAACUGUGUGACACUGAUGCUACUGCGCAUGAGCACAACUUUUUUCCCUUUCUGGUCAAACAACACGUGCAAGGUACUGAAAUGAACCGCUCAUUUUCGACAAAUGUGGUUCGACCAAACCUGCCUUUGAGGAAACCUUCGUCGAUCCCAGCGGGUGUUUGCGGUACAUUACCUCCUCCAAGACACCUCACCAUGCCCAGCGCUCCAGCCGUGCGCCUCCCAUCAGGCGCCAUUGGGGACGGUCCCAUAAAUUCAUCAGUGAACAGGGAUAAAUCUGGAUUUUUGGGAUCUGGUCAGCCAUCUCUGACUGUGCAUUUCUGCAACUACUGUGGUCACCAAGGCAAUUUUCGAUGCAAGCGUUGUAAGAAGGUGCCUUACUGCUCAGUGGCUUGUCAGACAGAAGACUGGAAGACCCACAGACAUGUGUGCAAAGCCGUUGAUCCAGAGCCUGUAAAAGGGAAACCAGUAGAAGCAGCGGCUGUGCCAGCUAAAGAAGACAGAGCCAGCCUGGGGGAGCUGAAGCACGGUGAAUUGUCUAGUCUCCGGAGGGUUUAUUUUAAGGACUUGCAUGUAACUAAAGUCAUCAAGGGAACAGACAUCCAGGUGCGUGUUGUAGAGUUCUACAGCCCCAGCAGGUUUUUCCUUGUCCCUCAAAGCCCUGAGUUGCUGGAAUCUUUGCAGAGCAUCAGUACAGAGCUUCAGAAAACAUACUGCAGCUCCUCAGUGACAACACAUGUACCCUGUGUUGGAGAGAUUUGCGCGGUUCAGUUUUCCUGUGAUAUGAACUGGUACCGAGGCCUUGUACAGACUUUGACUCCUGACCAUAAGAUGGCUAACGUCCUUUACAUUGACUUUGGCAAUGAAGAAAAUGUCCCUGUGGAUAGGAUCAGAGCCCUGACGGCUGACAUCAAGCCUUUUUGCCCAUGUGCAAUGGAGUGUCGUAUCACAGGGGUUGUGCCGGUGGCGGGGAGCUGGUCAGGCGAGUGCUGCAUUGCUGUGAGACAGCUGCUGGCUGGCAAGAUUGUCACAGUUAGGCUGGUGGAAACUGUAGAAGACGGUCGCAUUCAUGCUGUGGAUAUUCUGCUUUCCAUGGGAAAACAGUUGAACACGUUCCUCCUUGAACACGGCUAUGCAGAUAAAGAGCCAGUUAACAUCGUGCCAACUGUGCAAGAUAUCAAUGCCAUGAUGAGCGCAUCUUUGGAAAACUUCCGGUGCCUCUCUGAUGGAAAAGAUGACAAUACCUGGGCACAACCACCAGAGCCAAUAACACAAGCAGUGGGUGAUCAGCUCUCUGUUGUGGUCACCCACUUCCAGUCACCCACUGAACUUAUCGUGCAAAAGGUGGAGAACGCUGGACUGAUUCAGGAUUUGCAGUUAAAGCUGAGGGAACACUGCUCUCAGGUUGCAACCCCACAGAACUUUAGACCAGCUCCCACCACAGUGUGCUGUGCCCAGUUCUCAGAGGACAAGCAAUGGUACAGGGCUAAGAUUCUGGCUUAUUCAUCAGAGGAACGUGUCUGUGUGGGGUACCUUGAUUUUGGCAACUCUGAGGAGGUCGGGUUAGGCCACCUUAGACCCAUCGCUUCCUCACUCUUACGCCUUCCCAUGCAGGCUAUUCCAUGUGGUCUAGCAGGGGUUCAGCCUGUUGGGGAGAGCUGGCCGGAGGACUGCCUUUUGGCUCUGCAGCGAAGAGUGUCAAACCGAAUACUGCACAUUGAAAUCCAGGGUGCACAUGGGGGCAAGGCAUUGGUGACCAUGAUUGAUGAGUCCAGCGAUCCACAGGCCAAUAUAGCUGAAUUGCUGAUAUCCGCAGGUUACGCUGCACCUUGUGCUGUUACUACUGAUAAUGAGACGGUGGUUACUGCAGAGGCCCAAGCAUGUGAGCCUCUGGUUUGGUCUUGUACUGAGCUUCCUUGCAACAGCCAGGCGGUGGCACUGUUAGUCACUGUCGUGGCUGAGAACCCAGCAGCGUUUUACUGCCGCAUUGACAGUCCUACAGACCACCAGCGCCUGAAAGAGCUGGGGGCUCAGUUAAAGCAGCAUUGUGAGGCUGAUGCGUCACCUUUCGAGCCCAAGGUGGGAGAGCCCUGUUGUGCCCUGUUACCUGGGGAUGGAGCGUGGUGUCGGGCUAUGGUGACGGGGCUGUCUGAUGACAAGGUAGCUGUGAACUUUGUGGACUAUGGCUACAGCUUGACAGUUGAAAAGGGCCACCUUCGAUCCAUUACAGCCCAGCUACUGACUCUACCCUUCCAGGCAGUUCGCUGCUGGCUCACAGGCGUGGAGCCUCUUGGAUCAGAGUGGAGCAGUGAAGCUGUGCUGUGGUUCCAGACUCAGGUGUAUGGUGAGCAGCUCUCUGCACGUGUCCUCUCUGUCACUGAACAGGGCUACGGUGUGGAGCUGGAAAGCAGAGGAGUAAAUGUGGCAGCUGCCUUAAUUUCUGAGCAACUAGCUAAAGUUCCUGGAGAGAUUGCCAGAGAAACGCAUGGAACAACAGGCUCUGCAACCAAACAAAGCGUGAAGACAAAUGAGCAAGAUCCCUUAGAAACUCAAGUCUCCAGUCAGACAGAAGUUAAUUUCAAAGAGAUACCAGCUGAAGGAUGGACUGCAGUGUCCACAGAAGUGCCAUCUUUUCCAGUGGAGUGGAAGACUGUGGAGCUGCCGCUCAGUGAUGCCUUUCAGCCUUAUUUUGCGGGCAUCAUUAAUCCCUCCAUCUUUUAUCUGCUGGGUCCUGCUCAAGUGGAUCAACAAAAGCUUCAGGAGGUGAUGGUGGAGCUGGCUGUCUACUGCAACAGCCAGGCCACCUUGUCCACAGCUGUAAAGGGCAAACCAACUCCUGGGGCUGCUUGUUGUGCUCAGUUCUCAGCUGACAAUAACUGGUACCGUGCAGUAAUCCUAGAAGUUGGUGAGAAAGAGGUGAGUGUCCUCUAUGCAGACUAUGGCAACAGUGAGAAGGUGCCAUACUCCCGGAUCUUGCCCAUCCCCAGCAACCCGCUGGAGCUUCCCUUUCAGAUCACUCGCUGCACUCUUGCUGGUAAGGAGAACUUUCCAGCAGAGUGGCCUCAGGAAGUGCAGCUGAUAUUUCAAAACGCGGUCUUGGAUGGGGUCCUCGCCACAGUCCAGCACUUUGAUGGCUCUGCUAACGUGCUCUCACUCACUCUGCCCGCUGAGAAGGGCGGGGGAAACGUCACUGACAUGAUCUCAGAAGCAUUACAUGCCCAGAGGAGAAGUAACCCUUGCACAACCUCGACCCAGAAGACUGACAAAACUGGCAGCAGCACAUCUGUCAACACUGCAGCCGCACCAGACGGCUCUAAGCCCAAAUCGGUACCCGAAAACCAAAAAGAGCCAGUGAGCACCACAGUGCUGGCAAAUACUGUGGAUGCAAUAUCCCAGCAUCCGGAAGAGAAGAUGAAUAUUUCUGCAGCAUCGGCCUGUGGAGAACCAGUGAAGGAGAUUACUGAGCAAAUAAAGCCACCAAUCCAAAAUACUUCCAACAGUGAUGCCCUUCAGACCUCAGGCUGCUGCUGUCUGAGCCUGCAGGCCAAGAUCGAUGAGCUGGAAGAGCUGAUGAAGCUGCAGCUUUCGCUGAUCCAAAUGUUUGUUGGACAGAAGAAAUAUGAUAAACAACAUUGUUGAAUCCUGUUUUUGAAAUCAAGGUUGUUGUUCUUUCCCAGAUUGUUUCUCCCAAACUGAAUCUGGUCUCCAGAAGCUGCCAACCAGCUUGUGUUUGCUUUCUCCAUAUUUCUUUGUACCUUUUAAUUUUGUUCCCUUAUCUGUGAGAUUCUACUCUAUGUGCCUCUUUUACUUAUGUUUUUAAUUUUUGGUUAAGCUGAAGUUAUUUUUUUUGUUUGCUUUUCCUCUGGAAAAAAAUGCCAAAAUUCAGCAACAAGAGAUGUUCAGCUCUCUUUAUCUUUGUGUGUCUUCUGUAAGUGUUGUGGCCCAUGCUGUGCUGCCAUCUGUUCCUUUAUUGAGUCGUAAUAACCUGUUCAGGUGAGAUGUUCACACUGACUCACUUCUGUUUUGACAUGUUUGAGUUUUAUGUAAAACUUUGUGGGGAAAAAAGACAAUACAGCGAUGUUUGUGUUCUUUUAAGCUGAUGGAUUACUAAAGCUUUCUAUACAGUAAA